AUGUGGAACGACGAGGACAAUAAUCCCUACGGGGCGUUUGAUCAGCAUGAAUCCCAUCUGUCGGACUCGUUGCAUUCCGCCGCGCUCUCCCCUCCGAUUUAUGAGCACGAUUCGACCCCGCCCUCCAGCCGAGAUUCGAACCUGGACCCUCCAGACUACAUUUCUCACCCGGAGGAUCUAAGUGAUCCCGAAGAAGCCGACUAUGGUGCGGCAAGCGAACAAUACCCGCGGAAGAGUGUUUACGACAGCCGGAUUGAGCAGAUCCUCUACGAAAACCCCGAAAUGCCAAUCAUAAUUACCGACGCUGGCAAGAAUCACGAAGGCGGAGGUAGCUUCAUUGUUUAUACUAUCCGAACCGCGGACCUGGAAGUGCGCCGGCGAUACUCGGAGUUUGCAUCGCUACGACAGACCCUCGUGAAUUUGCAUCCAACCCUUAUUGUGCCGCCGAUUCCUGAGAAACACAGUAUGGCCGAUUAUGCUGCCAAGCCUACCAAAGCCAAAGAAGAUACAGCUAUCAUUGAGCUGCGGAAACGCAUGUUAGGCGUGUUUUUAAAUCGAUGUCGCCGCAUGAAGGAGGUUAGGGAGGAUGGAGUGUGGUGGCGAUUCUUGGAUCCAAACGUCAGCUGGAGUGAGGUCUUAAGCUCCCACCCCGCAUCGUCCGUCCCCAAGAAUAAUCUCAAAGCGCCCCCUCUUGAUCCCGCAAAUCCAACCCAAGCGCACAGUUGGCUCCCAGUUCCGUCAUCGUCUGCAAAACUCAAGUCCGGUGGAGCUUCAGGAGCUUCAGGAUCCCCUACGUCUCCGGGAGACAACACAGAAGGCCCCCCUCCGCAGAUUCCAGGUCCAGAUAUUCUUGGACGCUUUCCCCCAGAAACACGGAAAUUGAGUGAACAGGAGUUGGAUCCAUACUUUGUGAAUUUUGAAGCUUCAACGCGCGAGCUAGAGCUACUCUUGCAAGGGAAUAUCGAAAGGGUGAACCGUCGAACCCUGUCCCAUUUGUCUACAUUAUCUGCCGACCUGAUGGAACUUGGCGCUCGUUAUAACGGAUUCUCUCUUUCUGAACAAUCACCGACAGUUGCUGCCGCAAUUGAACGUAUUGGCCAAGCAGCAGAUACUUCUUACAUUGAGACGGAAGAAUUGUCUACUGCACUGAGUGCAAGUUUUGCUGAGCCGAUGCGGGAGAGUGCACAAUUUGCCAGCGUUGUGCGGAGUGUAUUACGAUACCGAGUUCUGAAGCGAGUCCAAGAGGACAUGACUCGGGAUGAGCUGGCCAAGAAGAAGACUUUGUUGGAUUCCCUCGAACGUAGCGAGCUGGAGGCGAAACGAAUCGAGCAGUACCUUAACCGCACAGAUUCUUCAUCCCGCACCAAACCACAUCGCUCCUUGUCCACCUCUUCUGCUGUUAGCAGUGAAGGCGACAACGUGACAACUGCAUCUACUGAUUCCGAGUUUCCACCUACCCAUGGUGAGUCGGUUGGCUCUCCCUCCGCAUCCCAGACCGGGAAUAUUAGGAAGCCUGAUCCUUCGCCAUCUUCCUCUCCAGCGCAUCGGAAGUCCUCAAGUGGGACGUUUGUCGCAAACAAAAUCUUCGGUCGCAUCAGUCAUGCCAUUCAUGGGUUUGCAGAUGUAGAUCCUGAACGAACUCGACGGGAUCAGAUCGGAAAGACCAAGGAGAGUCUCAUUCAGUUGGAGCAAGCUUUGGAGGUAUCAGAGAAAGAUGUGAAAGACGCUAGUGCAGGCGUAAUGCAGGAUCUGCGACGCUUCCAGAAAGACAAAGAAGGCGAUCUUCGGCGUUACAUGGUCGCAUAUGCACGCUGCCACUUGGAUUGGGCUCGAAAGAACCUCGAGACUUGGACAGAAGCUAAUGAUGAAGUCAAUAAGAUCGUUGCGCGAUAG